UCACUGAAGUUUAAGGAUGUGGCUGUGACAUUUUCAGCGGAUGAAUGGAAUCAACUGGUUUUUACUCAAAAAGCCCUAUAUAGGGAGGUGAUGUUGGAGAAUUACAGGGAUUUCGUGUCUUUGGGACUUCUAGUUCCUAACCCUGAUGUGAUUUUCCAGUUGGAAAGAGGUGAAGAACCAUGGAUGCUUGAUUUUCAGGAAGCUGAAGAGAAAGAAGGUCCAGAAGGUCUAAAUGCUAGACCCAACGGUCAGGACUCAACUCAAAGGCAGAAAGUAUCUAAAAAUGCAAAGCCACAAAAUACUCUUAUGGGAAAUAUCAGAAAAAAUGGUCUCUUGAGUCCUGCACUUGACACUGAUAAACCCAAGGACAGGUUAGAGAUUAAGAAAGAAAAUCCUGGGGAAACUUGGAUGAAGAAGUUCUCUCCCAAGGAGAAGGACUUAUGGCCAACAUCUACUUCUCCCAAGAAAACUGACAGUGUGGAGAGAAACUCUGAAUGUAGCCUCUGUGGGAAGACAUUUCCUAACCACUUAUCCCUCUUCCACCAUCGGAGGACUCACACUGAAGAGAAGCCCUGUGGACGUAAAGGUGGAGAAGAAGCCUGCGGUCACAGGAGCAGUCUUAAUAAACAUCUGAUAUCCCACACUGAGGAGAGCCCCUCUAAAUGCAAUGAGUAUAGGAAGACUGCCUAUGACCAGUUAACCCCAACAGAACAUCAGCAAGCUCAUGAUGAAGAAAAGCCUUUUAAAUGUAAUGAAUGUGGUAAGGCUUUCUCUAUCCGCUUUUCUUUAGCUCGACAUCAGAGAAUUCAUACUGGAGAAAGACCUUUUGAGUGUACAGAAUGUGGGAAGUCGUUUAGGGAGAAAGCUGUUCUUGGCCGCCAUAAACUUACUCACAUUGGAGAGAGGCCCUAUCAGUGCAAGGAGUGUGGGAAAGCUCUGUCAAACCGCUCCUCCCUCAUCCGCCACUGGAGAGCGCACACUGGAGAGAGUUCUUUUGAAUGCGAUGAUUGUGGAAAAGUUUUUUUUGAUCGCUCAUCCCUUACACAGCAUCAGAAGAUUCACAGAGAAAAGCCUUACAAAUGCACUGAAUGUGAAAAAGGCUUUAUCCAAAAGAGACUGCUUAUUCUACACCAGAGAGUUCACACUGGAGAAAAGCCCUUUAAAUGCAGUCUGUGCGGAAAAGCUUUCAGUUGCAAGCCAUCUAUUGUCCUACAUCAGCGACGUCAUGCCAUUGUGGAGGAGACAAAGAUUCAUACAGUUAUAACAUGGCAUCUGGGUCCCAGGUACAAGAGGGCAGUCUCAAGGAUCCAGAGCAAGGCAGAGGCAGAACGACUGUCAGGGACGCUCUGUGGCGGUUCUAUCCGAGACUAUGUCCCCAAUCCCAGCUACAAAGGGACCAGCCGCUAA